CCGCCCCAUGGCGCAGCAUCCUCCCGCAGUCCGUCUCGCGAAUCGUAGGAUUCCUAGGGUCGGAGAGAAGCCGCUGUAUCUCGGAGCGGAGCUGCUCGACUUCCGGUUAGGUGUCAAAGAUUAAGAAAGAUGGAUCUUUAGCGUCGGCUGCCGCGCUCCGCUCCCUUUGUCCGGAACAAACAAGAUUGUUUGCGUAUCCGCCGGUGGCUUACGCGAAAUGUAAACGCUCGCUGUGAUUUCUCUCUCUCUCUCGCCGGUUUUAGUGCCCGCGUCAGAUCGUUCAUUCAACGUAAAUACGCUCAUUCAGUGCGCGAGACCGAGCGCGCGGCUGGCCUCGGUGGAAAUAAACGAGGAGGAAAAAGCCGGGUGCGAUAAAUGCGAAAGUCUAUUAAAAAUAUUUUCAGACGCGCCUUCGGAACCUUCGGAAAACCUUCGGCUCCGCCGUUUGACUGUAAAAAACGAGAAAUGUGGUGGAAGAGUUUCGAGAUACAGCUCGUUUCGCAAUUAGCAGCGAUUUCAAAUAAACGUUACUUAAGAAUACGUUCGAAUUCCUCGAUACGAAUUUCUGCAAUGUUUCUCUAACGACGUCACCGCUCGACUUCCGGCCUUAUCAGGAAGCGCGUACGAUCCAGAUUCGUGGAACUAUUAUGAAAUUCAACGAGAGCGUGUGAGAACCGGCUCGUGACCGACGAUCUAUCUAUAGCUAUACAUUCCGGGACGCAAAAAUUCGCAACAUAUAAUUAUCCCAAUUUUAAUUAAUAACGCGCCCUUUCUUCGUGACAUCGGUGACAACGAGUUGUUUAACGAUAAACAAUACAAACUGCGCCUCGCGCAGUUACUCCGUUUUAAUUACUCCGACUAACGAUUACUUUCUCGAGCGCUGAAAGGUUCGUUCCGUCAUUUGAUAUAAAUUGGCUCUCGGACGCGCGAAAGUAGCGCGACGACGAGCGAAUAGCGCGCGUCGGAGAGUGCAGUCGUCCGUAGUGCGGUAGUCCGCGGCGCCGCGGGUCAGAUCGGUCGCCCCACAGCGCGCGGCGACGCGGUCGCGAUAGUAGCGUCGACGGGAAGAGACAAGAGGCACUGCACUUUGCACUGGAGCCGCGCGACACGCGCACACGACGGUGUACACAAGCGUACACUCAGUGGAGGGGGGGGGGGAAAAGGGGGUGCCACGCGCUACUUCCACCUUCCACCCCGCGAAAGGCAUCCACGGUCGAUAGCGCGUUUCCUGCGAGUCAGGGAGGUCAAUGAUGUGACGAGAUGGAGAAGAGCGCGUCUUGAAUCGCCGGUAACAGGAACGGUGUUGCAUCACGUGCCGCCACCGUAACGCACGUGUUACGAUUGUGCACGCGGGUGAUCGCGGGCUCACGGAGAACGGCCGGCCGAAAUCGAGAAAGUCGGCAAUUCGCGACGGAAGCGACGGAUGGACACCCAAUAACAUCGAGUUUCCUCGACGAUAGGGAGUACCAGUAUUUUCUAUUCGCUUCAAUCUUCCGUUCUGAUCGCGAGAAAUUGAAGAGAGGCGCUUUUUUCGAGCAGAAUGAUGCAGGAUUAAGUCGUUCCCGUGGUUAAUUUCACGUUCGAUCCACCGAGUGAAGAAUCGAAAGACGCACGUGGCAGCGAUCGGCUCUCUCGAGAUUUUUCGGAAAAAAUAGAAAACAGAAUGAGCGAGAGCGGUGCCGGCGAAAGCGAGAGGAGCGAGGAGAAAACGGAUCCGGGCGCUAUCAGACACGGGAACUUCAUGAAUUAUUACCAAUUCCAUCCUGCGGAAGAGCGCGUGCGGCAACUUCCGCGUGGCGUGUGGCAGCGGCAACGGGUCGGCCAUCCGGCCCGGAAAUACACGGGUCUAGACGUCGGCUGUAACGCCGGGGAUCUCACAUACGUUCUACGCGACUUCCUCGAGGAGGCCAUGUCGCAAGAUCAGCCCGAGAUCUCCUUAAUCGGCGUGGAUCUCGACCCGAUCCUGAUCGAGAAAGCGCGCGAGCGCAAUCCGCGCCCGGAUCGCCUGACCUUCGAGCGUCUGGACUUUUUGUCGGAGGACUGCGACGAGACGCUGAAGCGGUAUCUGGCGCAGCUCAAUAAAACGCGAUUCGACGUGGUGUUCUGCUUCUCGAUCACCAUGUGGAUACACCUGAAUCACGGCGACGACGGUCUCGAGGAGUUUCUGCGAAGGGCCUGCGAGCUGGCGGAAAUGAUCGUCGUCGAGCCGCAGCCUUGGAGAUGCUACAGAAACGCUGAGAGAAGACUGCGAAGAGCGGGAUUGGGGGACUUUCCGCUGCUGAAGAAGCUGAAGUACACCGGCAAUCCGACGAAGCACAUAGAGGAUAUUCUGCUGAGGAUCUGCGACUUUCGAAGAGUCGCCGUUACCGCGGGCAACGAAUGGGGACGCAUGCUUCUGAUCUACGAAAGGAAGCAGGAAUCGUAAAGGAUCGGCAAAUGUGCACGAUAUUACGUUCGGAUUAUAAAUACCCUCGGUACAUGAAAUUAUAUCAAUUGUGAAUGUACCGCAUGCCGCAUCAUUUCUAAAUAUUCAUACGUCGUAACUGUGUAUGCGUGCGAGUGUGUCGACAUAGCGAUAAUCAUUUUUUAUCCUUGUAGAUAACGACAGGAAAUGUGUAAUAAAGCUUUUC